AUGGGAUCAGAAAUCCAACAAAACGCUGACGAGGUGGCAUCAGCUACAGGGACAAAUGACAUCAACACGACAGAUAUCACUCCAAGUGAGCCAAUUCAAAGAACUCCAGAACAAAUAGAAGAAAAACGAUGCAUUCUUGAACAAGUGGAAUAUUAUUUUGGUGAUAAAAAUUUUCCAAAGGACAAAUUUCUUAAUGAACUGUGUAGCAAAGACCCAGAAAGAUGGGUCCCACUUGCUAUAGUGCGUCAAUUUAGAAAAAUGCAGGUUUACAAAGACGACGCAUUAAUUGUUGAGGCGCUACGAGAAUCUCCAGAAAUAUUAGAAGUUGACGGUUCUGGUACGAAAAUUCGGAGAAAAACUCCUAUUAGGUUGCCAAUUCCGGAAUAUAUAAAAUCUGGACCGAUGUGGAAGUCGAUUUACGCAAAAGGAUUUGACACGACCAAUCAGCCCUCUCAGAAAUCUAUUGAAGAUUUUUUUAAAAAGCACGGUAAAGUUGUUAAAGUAACGGCACGCAAGAAUAAUGAAAAAUUUAAGGGAUCGUACUUUAUACAAUUUGAAAAACACGAAGAAGCGAAAAAGAUAUCAGAGAUGGAUCUGUUUUUUAAUGGCGUAAAAUUAAUAAUAAUGAUGAAGUUUGAUUAUUGUGAAAUGAAAUGCGUUGAAAAAGGGUUGGAUCCUGAUACCAUGCGCAAACAAAUACCGCAACCGCCUAUUCAGAAAACCAAAUCAAAACCAACCUCUAAAUAUGAAACUAAUUGCUUAUUACAUUUUAAGGGAGCUGGACCUAAUGUUCGUUGGGAAGACAUUAAGGCUAAAAUGGGGACAGAAUACGGUAAUGUGGUAUUUGUCAAAUUAGAACAGCAACUUAAAAGCGGAAUAAUCCAAUUUAAGGAUCCAAUCGCCUCAAAUGUUGCGUCUUCAAUUCCAAAUGACGAUCUGGAAUUUGAUGGUUUCAAGCCUGUCUUUACAGUGCUCCAAGGUGAAGAAGAAAAAAUAUAUUAUUUGAAUAGACAAAAAGCUGUCGAAGGAAUGAAAAAGAAAUCUAAUCUCGCAAAAAAGAAUAAUGCACAAAAAAAAGUUGAUGGUAAAAAUGAUUCCUCUGAUUGUUCAUCUACGUCAGUAGUAAAGGUUGAGGGUAAAGAUGAUGCCGGAAUCACUGAUUGUUCAUCCCCAUCAGCAGCAAAUGUUGAGGGUAAAAAUGAUGCCGGAGUUGCUGAUUGUUCAUCCACAUCAGCAGUAAAUGUUGAAAGUAAAAAUGAUGUCGGAGUUGCUGAUUGUUCAUCCACAUCAGUGGUAAGAGUUGAGGAUAAAAAUGAUACCGGAAUUGUUGAUUGUUCAUCCACAUUAGUAGUCGGGAAUAAACACAGAUUAGAUGACACUGCUGAUGCUGAAAAGUCGUCAGAGACUAGAUCGGUCAAAUUGAAUCUGGGAGAGGAAAGAAAUGGUGCUGGAAUCGUUGACUGUUCAUCCACAUUAGUAGUCGGGAAUAAACGCAAGUUAGAUGACACUGCUGAUGCUGAAAAGUCGUCAGAGACUAGAUCAGUCAAAUUGAAACUGGGAGAGGAUAAAAACGAUACCGGUAUCGUUGAUUGUUCAUCCACAUUAGUAGUCGGGAAUAAACGCAAGUUAGAUGACAUUGCUGAUGCUGAAAAGUCGUCAGAGACUAGAUCAAUCAAAUUGAAACUGGGAGAAACUGUUUCACGAAGGCCCGAUAAGUAG